AUGAACGCAAUUCGCCAAAGCUUCCUACAUGUUUUGGACGCCAGUCGUUUUAGUGAUGAUCUGAUCAACUUCCUUGAACUAUUCAAGGAUGGUGGUCUACUAGAGCAGCGCGACCAUAAUGGCCAAACAAAUUCUACGGGCCAGACAGCAAUACAAUUUUCGCUUCGGGACAAUCAAGGUCUUAGUGCAGCACAGCAUAUACGAAACGUUGCUCAAGCUCAAAAUCCUUAUGCAUCAUAUGGCCAUGUCGGCCACGCCCAAGCUAUAGUAGUCUAUGGAAAUAUCGCCAAUCAAUUCAUUGCGCAAACAGAAAUCCCCGGCAAUUUUAUCGAAGAAACACAAAAUCGUGUCGCUGUCCUUAAAGAUCGAGACGGACACACUGCACUAUAUCACGCCAUACGCAAAGGCUAUUGUGACUGUGUCGCCAUUCUACUUCAACACGGAGCUCAUGAACAUUUGUUGGCUAAAGAUCAAGAAAUUUUUGAUAAAUUGCAGAAACAGUUGGCGGUUGUGUCGGCUUUGAUUGCUUGUAAGGCUGUCUUGGAACCGACGCAGCUUCAGGCUUAUGGUGUUGAUCCAACUUGA